GCAAAGCUACAAAAUUCAUAUAAAAAGCUACAACAAAACACCAAAUGCUACAACAACAACAACAAAAUAUAUUGCAUAUAAUAACAACAAUCAAUGGAGCAGACAAAUGGCUCGCAGGAUCGACGCUACACUUGGCUGGAUGUGGCUGGCGAUAUGAAAAGUCGUCCCAUGACGGACUACGAAUGCCAGCUGGAGGAUGAAGUGCAGCAGCUGCAGGAAGCUUUAUUCAUUCUAUCCUCGCAUUAUGCCAAAAUCCAAUUUCGCUUGCGACAAAUUGGCAAUGCAACGGGCUGUGAGCGUUUGUGUUUGCUCAAGGAGCUGGAGCGCAUCACCUGCCAGGGCUUGGAGGCGAACAAGUCGGAUAUGGAGCUGCCGCAGUUGUCGAGCGAUUCACAAAGCUUGGGCGAUGUGCGCAGCAAGCAGGACAAGAUUAUAACGCAGCUGCGUGCGCGACUGCGCAGUCUGGCGGAUGUGGCAGAGAAUGAGAAUUUGUGUGGCUACAAUCGGCGCCAGUCGCAGAUAGAGCUGCAGCUAAGCGAGCCGCUCUAUUUGGAAGCAGUGCCAAGCGAAGAGCAGAGCGAAGAGCAGCAUUCAACGUACUGCAGCUGCUGCUUGUGCAAGCAGCGCAGCCGCAGCUCGCAGAGCACGCUCGGCAGCAGCAGCAACAACAGCGCUGAGCAGCGUUACUUAAGCGAACGCUGGCCAAGCUAUGAAAUAUGCGACGAAGAAGAAGAGACAGCGCCAACGAAAGUUAAAAAGCAGCGCAAGCGAAAGCAGCAGAAAUCAAAGCACACUAUACGCAGCGCGGCGGGCAGCAAAAGCUCAGCAGCAGAAUCCAUUGGAGAUCAAUCAAGCAAACGCAGCUCCAAGCGCAGCUCGCUGCAUAAGCUCAAAGCUUAUUAUGCGACAGCAACAGCUAAAGAGCAAAAGAGUUCAAGACAAAAUGUAAAGACAGCAGCAGCUAAAGAGCAAAAGAGCUCAAGACAAACUGUAAAGAGCGCCACGCCACGCGCCAAUCGCAGCGCUGCCAGCUCUAACAAGAGCAGAACGCCACGCGCCAGUCGCAGCAUUGCCAGCUCCAACAAAAGCAGAACGCCACGUUCGCUGAGCAGAACGCCACGCUCUUUGAGCAGAACGCCACGCUCUCCACGCUCGCUGAGCAAGCGCAGCACUAAGCAAAGCCUAGAACCAAGCAGCGAGCGCAGCAGUAAGCAGAGUUUUGAACCAAGCUGCAGGCGCAGCGCUAAGCAAAGCUUUGAACCAAGCACGCGAUUUACAGAGAGCUGCAUGCGCUUCUCAGCGCGCAGAAGCGGCAGCGGCGUCGGCGGCACCAGCGUCGCUAGCACAGACUAUAGUCAAGAGUGCUGUCUGGAUCAUAAAUAUUAUAAUAAUGCUGACUCUAUGCACUUCAACUCAAGUGAAGACUCUGCUAACGAUAACGAUUCUUGCAGCACAAUUACGUCACAGCCUAGAAAACUCUGCGCCUGCAGAACUAAGCGAAAAGUCUCUUACGACAGCAGAGCGGCUUAUAUACCAGCGCCAGCGGCAGCAGAGAAGAAGCAGCAUUGGCUUAGGCGCAUUUGUGCCUGCAAGCUGCCCAGGGCUGCCAAAGAGAGUCAGCCCUGCCCUUGCAGGCACUGCACAGUGGAUCGCGCCAAGCUAAAGCUGCGCCAAAGCUUCAGCGCCGAGGCCACCGGUUAUCGUAAGCCGAGCAUUGUCAGCAGUGGCAAAUAUAGCAGCAACUACGAUGAUUAUGAUAGCGCCGAGGCCUAAAUUUCCAAUCCUUACUCAACACUCAAACUCAAGCUGUAAUUCCAAGUUAGUUUCAAGCAAAAGCUUUGCUUUGGCUUAGCUUAAUUUAGAAUUAAGCUUGAGUUAGAGCGUGAAAGUGGAUGGGAUAUUUAUAUAUA